UCCUGAGCCGGGAAUAUCCCGUGACGCCGGAGGACAGCCCGGUGCCCAGACCUGUUUUGAGAUGUUUUGAGACGGGCAGGGCUCGCAGGUGGCAACGCACAACAGCGUGCCCUCCGCAGGCCUGCGCCGUCAUUGGAGGCGAGCUGGCGCGUCCCUCCCUCCUCUGCCUCGGCCGUCCCUCCCCUGCUGCGGCCGGGGCUCCCUGCUCAUUGCUCGGACGCGGGGCGAUACUGUCAGCUGUGCCGCCACAGCACGACUGAGGGGAAGGUAGGAGAAGCGGAGAGCAGCGGGCGAGGCUGCUCGGGAUUCGUGCGGACUGGCUCCGGUCUGUCCCGCCUGGGCCUCCAGCUGCCCCGGGUUCGGGCGCUCCACCGUUCUGCUGUUGUUGUUGUUGUUUUCCAGAGGCCUCGCCUGCGCAAAGCAUUCUGCUGCGGCGCCGGCGCGGAGCAAUGCCUUCUGGGAGGGAGCAGGAUGGGAACUUCUCCGUGUGGUGCCCCAACGGCUCGCAGUGGGUGUGGGAGGGGCUGCAGGAGUGUGCCCAGGACGCGCGGGACAUGGCCAGCGUAGCGCUGGGGCUGCUGUCCAUACUCUGCUUCAUGACCUCAUCCAUUCCGCAGUACGUCAGUUCCUGCCGCAGGGGUAACAUGGACCAGGCCCUGUCUGUGUGGUUCCUGGUCUUCUGGCUGGCCGGAGACACCUGUAACCUCACUGGAUCCUUCCUUGCGGACCAGCUCCCCCUGCAGACGUACACAGCUGUGUACUAUGUGCUGGCUGACCUUCUCAUGAUUGGGAUGUUCAACUACUACAAGUUCAAGAACAGGAGACAUUCCAAUGGAGUGGUGCUGAAUGCUGUGGGCGUGGCCUCUCUGGCUGGAGUCUCCGCCUCCCUGACGCUGUUCCUAGGGGCGGGGCCCAGUGUUGACGCCCCUCUGGGGGUCGGAGGUCGGGUCUUGUUGUCAGUCCCAUCUGGCGAUAGUGGAAUAGAGCCCUUCCAGACAAAGGAGAUCAUCGGCUUUGUGAUCGGCUCAAUGUCCUCAGUGCUGUACCUCUGCUCCCGUCUGCCACAGAUCUACACCAACUUCAAAAGGAAGUCGACAGAGGGCGUGUCGUACUUCCUGUUUGCGCUGGUGAUCUUGGGGAACACGACGUACGGGCUGAGCGUGCUCCUCAAGAACCCCGACCACGGACACCGCGAGCUCAGCUACAUCGUCCACCACCUGCCCUGGUUGAUCGGCAGCCUGGGCACCCUGAGCCUGGACAUCGUGAUCACCGUCCAGUUCCUGAUGUACCGAGGACCGCGCAGCAGGAAGGGGGAGGAGAGCGAGGCCCUGAUCUCCCCCUGAGGGCUGCCGCAGACACGCAGAGACCGGCCGAGACGAGCACCUCUCCUACCACAACCAUUCCAGAUUCAGCCGGCGUUCCAGGACACCGAACUCCGGGACCGUGGGGCGGGGGUGCCCCUUGCCGACGGGGGCAGAUGGACCGGCCACACCCGGCCGGAGGGCAAGUUCCGAUCCACGGUGCUGGACCGGGCUGCACACUCCUGGGUCAGGCCCUGAAGGAAAACCUCUAAAUGACUGGACACCCCUGUGUCACAAAGUGCUGCACAAUGUUUUUAAAAUUCCAAUGAUAUGCAACAAAUAUGGUGCUUGAAAAAUGACGUGUUUUAAAAUGGGAAUAAAUGAUUUAAGGUUCUGA